GGGCGAUGGAGGGACUACUUCCGGGCGGCGCCAGAGAGAAAACCUGAGGCCCUCUCCGCCAGAGGCCCGGCCACCCGCCAGGAAGGACCAUGUCUGCAGGGUGGGGGGCCACGGCCUCCCGGCACCUCCAGACUGUCACCUGGGGCCCCUGGAAGCAGGAGGCCCUCACCUGGGGCCGCACCUCCCCAGACAUGGGCGCCGAGACGUGCCGCCGGCGCUUCCGCACCUUCCGCUACCAGGAGGCGGCUGGGCCCCGCGAGGCCCUGGGCCAGCUCCGUGAGCUGUGCUGGCGCUGGCUGCGCCCCCAGAGCCUCACCAAAGAGCAGAUGCUGGAGCUGCUGGUGCUGGAGCAGUUCCUGAGCGUCCUGCCAGCAGAGAUCCAGGCCUGGGUGCAAGAGCGGUAUCCCGAGACCGGCGAGGAGGCCGUGAGCCUGGUGGAGGGCCUGCAGGGAGGUCUGGGCUUCUCGGGCCCCCAGGUCCCUGCCUGUACACGUGGGGGGAAGGUGCUGGUAGAGGACGCCAGGGUUAGUGGUGACUCCUUGGCCGGGACAUGUCCCGAGUCUCCCAGGCCACUCGGCCGCCUCGUUGGAUGCCCACCAGUUUCCAAAUCCAAUGUGAUGACCAGUCUGGAAGAAGGGGACAAGCUGGGGGCUUUGGACCCACCCAGAGACAAGAGUGCAGACUUUGAGACUAAGGCCAAGGACCAGAAAUGGGCUCCCAAGCAGGAAAUGUCUGAAGAAGGAGAAUCACAAGGGGUAAUUUUGGAAGCUUCUCAGGGACUGGAAUAUGGAGAAGCUUGGGGUUGUACGGGAGGGUCAGAGAGGAGGCUGGGGGUCUUCAUGGAGGAGAAGCUGAAGAAAUCUCCUUCUUCAGAAAGAGAUUUCAGGAAGAGUUCUGUAGUAGACCAGAAACCUCCUCCAGAGAAGAUAGAGAAGGCAAGUGUCAAGGUUGGGCAGAAUGUCAAUGUGGACCCAAAUCCAGUUCCCCGGAAGAGAAUUCCCACAGGAGCCAGACCCCAUAUAUGUGACCUAUGCAGUCAGAGCUUUAAGCUCAGUGCAGAACUAAUUAAGCAUCAGAAGAUCCAUGUAGGAGAGAAACCCUGUAAAUGUAAUGAAUGUGGGAAAGUGUUCAGCCAAAGCUCUUACCUCCUCCAACACCAGAGAGUUCACACUGGAGAGAAACCCUAUCAGUGCAAUGAAUGUGGAAAAGCAUUUGCUUGGAGCUCAAACCUUAUUCAGCACCAGAGAAUUCACACUGGAGAAAAACCAUAUGAAUGUAAUGAGUGUGGGAAGGCCUUUAGGGCACAUUCACAGCUUAUUCAUCAUCAAAAAAUUCACACUGGGGAGAAGCCCUAUCAGUGUAAUGAAUGUGGGAAAUCCUUUGGUCGGAGCACAACUCUUAUUCAACACCAGAGAAUUCACACUGGAGAGAAGCCCUAUCAAUGUAACGAAUGUGGGAAAUCCUUUAACUGGAACUCAAACUUUAUUGAACACCAGAGAAUUCACACUGGAGAAAGACCUCACGAAUGUAAUGAAUGUGGGAAGGCCUUCAGCCAGAGCUCAAACCUAAUUGAACACCUGAAAAUUCACACAGGAGAGAAGCCUCAUGAAUGUAAUCAGUGUGGGAAAUCAUUCAUGAGGAGCUCAGGCCUUAGACAGCAUCAGAGAAUUCAUACAGGAGAGAAACCCUAUCCAUGUAAUGAGUGUGGGAAGACCUUCAGGGAGAGCUCACAACUCAUUCAGCACCAGAGAAUCCAUACUGGAGAGAGACCCUUUGAAUGUCAUGAGUGUGGAAAAGCCUUCAUUUUGAUCUCAAAUCUUACAGAACACCAGAGAAUUCACACUGGGGAGAAACCUCAUGAAUGCAAUGAGUGUGGAAAAGCCUUUAGUCAAAGGUCAAACCUCAUCAGUCACCAGAGAAUACACACUGGAGAAAAACCCUAUGAGUGCACUGAAUGUGGGAAAACUUUCAAGGGGAGCUCUGGCCUGGUUCACCACCAGAGAAUUCACACUGGAGAGAGGCCCUAUGAAUGUAAUGAAUGUGGUAAGACCUUCCGAGGGAGCUCAGAACUGAGACAGCACCAGAGACUUCAUUCUGGGGAAAAGCCCUAUGUAUGUAAUGAGUGUGGCAAAGCCUUUGUUCGAAACUCUGAGCUUAUCAGCCACCAGCGAAUUCACACUGGAGAGAGACCCUAUAAAUGUGGUGUGUGUGGCAAGCCCUUCAGCCAUCGCUCCAACCUUAAUGAACACCAGAAAAGACACAUGGGGUUUAAGGUGAAGCCAUGAUCCUGAAAACUGCCCAGAAGCAUGAGUUGUAGCUGAGGACAGAGGAAGGGCUGCAGAGAGGGAGGCAGGCAAAGUUACCUCAUGGUGGUGUACAAGUGGGAAAAGCCCCAUCCCCGUGGGGGACACAGGGUGUGAGGCCCCCACAAAUUCAGGAACAGUUGUAGUUCCACUACUCCCAUGCAAGACAAGCCUAUAUAAACCUAGUUUGAAGGUACCAGUGAAUGUGAGAUGUGGCUCUCCCUUGAUGGCAGCCAAAGGGCAGAAUGUGUGUGAAAGGAUCACUCCUUAUGCAGGGGUAGAUGAUUGGCUCCAGGUCAAUAAAGCUGUGUCUGCACAAAACUCUGGAGCGAAUGAUUCCCCCUGAGCUCCUCUCUGAAAAUCAGCACAUCCAUUGGCAGCUACUGACGUGUCUUCCACAGGUAAGUUUCCACCAUGGACUAGGGUUCCAGCCUGUACCCGAAGCCCAUCUCUGAAGAAGCCUGCUCUAUUCACUGCUAGCUUUUCUCUCCUAUCACCAGCAACAUCGACACCCUCUUCCUUUAUAUCUUCUCCUAUACCAGCCAAGUUCCAAACCCUUCCAUUUCAUUAGCCUCAAAGUCUGGCUAUCUGGGUUUAAACUAUAACUGAAUGUGGUACUGAUCCCAACCCUUUCCCUCUGAGCUUAGGGGCUUCAUGAAGGAAUGAGUUAAGCACACACUGUGCAUGAAUUUAGUGUACAAAAGCAAAGAAAGCUUCUGGGCCUGGGAACCUACAUUCUAACAGGGGAGACCACACUGAUGAAAGUCCCUGUGAUGCUGAGUGGGAUUCAUACUUUCCUUCCAGGGGCAAUGGCAGAGGUUUGAUCGAGGUUUUGGGUUCUGGAGCUGGGGGUGGGGGUGGGAGUGAAGGUAGCACGAUGUGGCCUUGGGUU